CAAUAGCCCCAAAAGCUAUAAGCGACCACGACAAAGUGACCGGUGUAUCAAACAGGCAUCAUACUCUAAUACUUAUCGAUAGACAGUAAAUACUGGGUCAUUAAUCUCACCUAGAGCUUAGUUAAUCCACAGCAAAUAGCUGAGAACAAACCUCACCAUCCCCGCCUCUCUGCGCUAUCUGGAUUUUGUAACGUCGAAACUGUCACUUUUUAUUUUUGUUGUCUCCGUCCGUCAAAAAUUGUUUGCUCAUUUAGUUAUAUGAACGAAGACAGGAAAGUUUGGCUUUUUUAUUUUCGUUUGUCUUAUUGGCUGAUUUUCCGUUGUCUCUCUCUCUCUCUCUCUUCGUAUCAUUUUAUAAUUUGAUCAAUAACUUCUCAUGGUCAUGAAAAGGAAAGAUUGCUGUUCCGUCUGGCCUCAGCACGUUGAAUACUGAAACAGGUUCCGGACAUGAUUGAGUAAGAAGUGGGAGUUAGUUUGGUGCAAUAUCCAGUUGUUCUGCCAAGCUAAAUACUCGCGGUAACGGAAUUCAAUCUACCCGGUGCCCUUUAUUUUUAAGCAACAUUUUCAUCUGUUGGCAUUUGUGUCAUAACCCGCAAGAAGGAUUGCCACAAUAUUGCUAGGCAACUAAAGAAGUACAUGUUAUCAGGCGAAGUACCUUCAUCGGGAUGAAUCGUCAACCUAUCUAGGAUAUAUAGAGGAAGAGAAUGAGCAUCUUGAAUUCUUGGAUUCCUACAGCAGUCUCUUCAUAAUGUCCAAAUCAACCUGAGGAAAUGACAAGAUUCUUCUGGACGUAACAUACUUCUAUACGAAUUGAAGACCGAAACUGAGGAUAUUCUAUUUUUCAUUUUGGAGGAUUGCUAAUAUCAGCUUGAGGAUUAGAAGGAGGAGAAGGAUCGAGUUUAUAAACCUUACUUGACGGGACAGUACCCCUGAGGGGGCUAGCUAGACAAGGUUGGAAAUACGCUUCAAUUCAUCUUCGUGUUUUGCCGGAUUCUUACAUUCUUUUGUUACACUUUACACUUUUUUCUUGGAGUUAGUUUAGAUGAGGAUAUUGAGAUGAAACUUGAGUGGUUUGUAGCGUUUUUCUUCAUUCCAACUGCCAGCUUACUCGCCAAGAAGACAACAGCGGCAUCUAGUACAAAAUGGUGGAGUAUGGUGCUAUCACCGAGUAUGACGAACAGUGUGACAGAUACACAAGGCAUCAUAAACAUCAUAGAUAACAAAUUGAAGAUUUUAAACAAACGACAAAGAAGGUUGGUCUCUCAGAAUCGAGGGGCAUUAGCCGCCAUUAACAGAGCAGUCAAGAUGGCCGUUUCAGAAUGUCGAUACCAGUUUAAAGAAAGAAGGUGGAACUGCCCGACUUUCAACAAAGAUAGGGGUCCAGAGAGCCUCUUUGGAAAGAUUUUGAAUAGUGGUUGUCGAGAAACUGCGUUCAUCUACUCAAUAACCAGCGCAGCAGUGACGCACUCGGUGGCCAGAUCGUGUAGUGAAGGAACAAUCGAAUCUUGCACGUGUGAUUACAAGUACCGCGGUGACAGUGGAAAUGACUGGGAAUGGGGCGGUUGCAGUGACAACGUCGACUUCGGCCACCGAUUCGGCAAGAAGUUCGUGGACUCGGGCGAAAAAGGACGAGAUCUCAGACACGCUAUGAACUUACAUAAUAAUGAAGCAGGGAGAAAAACCGUUUCCAGUGAGAUGCGUCGAGAAUGUAAAUGCCACGGGAUGUCUGGCAGUUGUACCAUAGAGACGUGUUGGAUGAGAUUACCGACCUUUAGAACGGUGGGAGAACUAAUCAAGGACCGUUUCGACGGCGCCUCACGAGUUACGAUGAGAAACGACGGCAAUCCAAGCGAUCGCGAAACCGAAUCCAGCUUCGUGCCUUACAACCCAUCUCAUAAGCAACCUUCUUCACGAGAUCUGGUGUAUUUUGAAAACUCGCCUGAUUUUUGCGAGCCGAAUCACAAGUUCGGCACCCCAGGAACGAGAGGGCGGGAAUGCAACGCCACGUCAUUGGGCGUGGAUGGAUGCGAUCUUUUGUGCUGUCAAAGAGGUUCGACAACAACUGAAAUCAAAGUAAAAGAAAGAUGUAGUUGCACCUUUCACUGGUGCUGUAAAGUUAAAUGCGAGGAGUGUACGUCGUAUCGGAACGUGCAUAGAUGUUUGUAGUCAAGGUAACCAUGUCUGGUUCCCAUGUAGGUGAACCAGGCGUGAUGAUGAACUUGGUUAAUGACUGAACAGAGGUGCAUUACGAAAUCUUGAUUUUAUUUUCUUUAAUGCGACGGCACUUCAAAUCAUAGACUCGGAAGACUUCGAAGUGGAUCUCAAUUUCUAGUUGGACAGGUCAUUAUUAUGAUUUCAAUUAUCAGCGAAUAUUUACUGUCCAUUUAAAGCCUGAAAUACCUGAUUGUGAAUAAAAACCAUGGGAGUUUGUUCUUUAAGAACUUUUUGAUAAACGGGCAUUUGAAGUGUGUGCCAAACAACUGGACUCUGCUGAUAUUGUUUGACAAUACCACGUAAGAGUUCUGGUGUAUCGUAACAGGUGAUUGGCUGUGAGACAGUAUCAUGUGACAUUUUGUCUAAGCCAAUCAAAGGGUGGCGUUUGCAAGUGGAUGGCGCCAUCGUAUUCAAUAGCACCACUCUUUCAUGUCUUUUAAUAUGACCUGCUGUGAAUUCAAUUGUGACGCUAAUAGUAUAUAAUUGCAUGACAAUGUAUCUAAGAUAGUUAUUAUUUAUGAUGAAUGUUUUCAUACUUGCAUUGCUUCCUUGUUUGUGUUUAUAUGUGUAUAAAGUGAUUACCACAGAGAAAUGUGGAAAGGAAAAUGGUUCAUGUAUAACGAUUUAUGUGGUACUACAGUACUAUUGAUAAAAAGAGUAAAUUCAGAGAAGUCUUAGAUUACUGUACGGAAAUUUCUCUUAUCAAAGGAAAACAAGAAAUUGAUCGAUGUAGAAAGCUUAUCAACAGAUUAAAAAUGAAAAAAGACAGCCUUUUCCACUUAUUGGUGAUACAAAAUAUUGUUUCUUAGAAACUUAAUGAAGAACAUGUUUGUUUUCAUUUACCAUGUUGGCAUUAUUUCACUUUCAAUAACAGUGAAAUCAUUUAAUCUGGGUGUAAUGUAUCUUAAAACUCUUAAAACGUAAAACUCAGUCUUCAGAUCUCGAAAGAUAUAAUACUAUACAAUAUCGUAUAAAAAAAUGGUAUAAAUUAUUAUGUACAACGCUUUAGCCAAAUUUUUUCCCCACUAAAAACCAUUUUUGUUGUGUUAUAUCGCGACGUGUGCUAUGUAUGAUGUAAAGAACAGUAUUAUCAUGACUUAUUUGAUCAUCAUUUUUGGUGCUGAUAGUAGAUAGUUGAACAGAUUAUCAAUUCAUUGCCAAACAUUUUCCAUUUUAUGCCGACAUGAAAUGGUUCAUACGAAAUCUACGAAAAAAAAACAUUGCUUUGUUAAACUUUUAAACUAUGUGCAUUGUCGGGGUAUAUCGGGCUAUCAGAAGACACUGAAACCCUGAAACAAUCCGAUCAUUGUAGGAGAUGUUGCUUGGUCAUAGUUACCAUGGUUACAUAGAAUUGAUCGGAGAAACCACUCAAGACUCGAUUGACAGCAGGAAGGGACACGGUGAAAUUCAAAAGGAUUUCAUUUAUCCAUCAUGAUAGUAGUAGAUCAAAUGGAUUUGAAAAACAAACAACUUUUAUGCUUCUUUUUCAACAUUUUGAAGUCAUUAAGAUAGUUUUGAUACUUACAAUCAUCAUACUGUAAUAAACCUUGAUUUCGCUUUUCUGUCUCAAGAAAUCCAUGAUGAUGGCGGGACUUCAGUAGCUCACCUUGCUCUCCUCCUGAAAAACAGUAAUUUCUAAUGUUAAUCAAUAAAUGCAACAACAAAGUGUUAACUACUCUCAAUUUGUCCGAUUAAUAUACGAUGUACGUCUUAAUUUAUUGGAACGAAGUUGAUAAAUCCACUAUUUCUUGAAAGAAAAUCUCAUUUGGUGAAUAAUCUGUAAUGUCAGAUGUAAAAUUUUGAAAGAGGAAGUAUAGUAAGGCAUGAUUUGUUUGGGGACUUUACAGAACUGCUCACAUCACAUUCAAAGAAUAGCUAACAAAAUUGGAUUUUCCGUUUAGUAUAUGACUUGAGGUGGAUCCAGAAGAUCCCGCAAAAACUGAGACACACAAACAACUGGGAAUUGUUUUAUUAUCAUAUUGCGCCCCCCCCCCCCCCCGACCUACAUUGGACAGAUUUUUUUCUUCAUAUUUCUGAUUGGCUAAAGAAAUAAAAAGACAAAAGUAUCACCAAAAAUGAAAUAUUUUUUCAGAAGAAAUAUGGACAAAGUACUACUCUGGCAAGGGGCACAAUAAAAUUGGACGAGUUCCUGUCAUCUGAGCCCCCCUCCCUCCCCCAUUUACUCCUGGGCCGGCGCCAGCUCGUGAUAGGUUUCUCUUUAUUACGUGUGGCCUGACAUGAAUUUAUGCUGCAAAAUAUUAGUCUGCAUCCGUAACAUUUAAUCUUGUUCAUCUACACAGUUCCCUAGAUCAGAAUAUAUUAUCCUAAAAUUGAAUUAGAUAUAAAGCUUAGAGUGUCGGGCAGAUGUUAAGAUAAGUAUCAAGUUAUUAUUCACAAAACUUACAUCUUGAUGGCAUUUGAUCGAUAUGACAAGAUAUCGCUCAACUAUUGAUAUGAAUUUGAUUCGUUAUUCAGAAGUAUUUUUGUCAAAAUUUAUUUAACAGUAUUCAAUAUUUCCCAUGUAUUGACUUUAGGCAAGCCAAAAUAUGAAAUAAUUAUCGUUAUUAAACCUGAUUCUUUUUAAAAUGUA